AAAAAAUGGUCAGACCAUCAGACAUUGUAAUAAAGAAUUUCCGAUUUUUCGUAAAACUGAGUCAGUAAGUAAGUUUUCCCUGACGAUUACAAUUUGAUGUGUGGAGUUUUGUAAAACUAGAUCUAGAUCAAGAAAUCUAGAAAUCGAAUGUGAAAUCAUUGACUCGCAUGGUGUCAUGAUGAAGUGUAAAGAAAAUGAUCAUUAUUCCACAUCGGACCUCCAAAUAAAACUUUUCAAAUUACUUUUGGAAAUUCGGAAACUUUACUUCUUUAUAUAGCUAAUGUUCUCAUCUUCAACCAGAGUUGAAGAAAAUGUCCAUUCCUGACGUCUCAGUUCUGGCCAGGAUAAGGUCUUAUGUUUCUUAUCCCAGGUCAGCUAUCAUGUCAGCUCUAGCCUUGGCGGCUGCAGGUUUUGAGUAUGUUGGAAACGGCAAUAGUGUGACUGUUAGGUGUGUUGAAUGUGGUCUGAGUAUGGAUAUUGUUAAGUGGAUGUCAGAAGAUGAUGUUCAAAAAUUACAUCGUCUGAGUUCCCCAUCUUGUGGGUUUAUAGAUAAUCAGAAAAAAUUUAACAAAGUCACCAAAAACUGUGCAGCUGCUUUAAGUGAUGAGGGAGCAUCAGGAGAGAGUAGUGGAAAUGGAGCUAGAGCGACACUAAGUGCAGUCCCCCGGGAAAGACAAGCGAGAUUUCGAUAUCGAUCUAAUAUGGCAAGAAUGAGAACAUUUGAAACAAAGCGAGACAUCUUCCCUAUCGAUGUUAAAAAAAUGGCCUUGUGUGGUCUGUACGCUACUGGUGAAGGGGAUAGUGUGCGCUGCUUUAUGUGUGGAGGUGGUCUGAAAAAUUGGAGAAGGAAUGACGAUCCGUGGAUCGAACAUAUCAGGUCGUAUCCUAACUGCAAGUACGUCAAGGAUCAAAUUGAUAAAGAGUUUUAUAACAUUGUCAAACACUUGAGUGAAUGUUUUCCUUGGCUCAAACAGAUAACCAAGCCCAUGGUUAAACAAUGCAUGGAGAGAAUGAAAGCACAUACAAAAGAAAUUCGCACGAUGAUGGAGGAGAAUGACAGAUUAGGAAGAAAACUUCGCUGCAGACUAUGUGGAGUCUUUUUGUUGGGCAUCGAGGCAGUGACCUUUCAACCCUGUGGUCACUUUGUGGUGUGUUCUUCAUGUGGCCGAGAUAUCAAGUCUUGUGUUGAGUGUGGCAAGAAGAUUGAGAGCCAUAUUACAUCAUAUCUCUGUUAAUAGUGUACAUACUAUUGACCUAAUUUUAAUUAGUUUGUAAUUCUAAUUAUUCAAGUAAUUCUAAUUAUUUAUUUAAUUCUGAAAUUAAAAAAAAAAAACAAGACUACAAAACAAUUUCUGUUAUCACACAAACUCAGAGGUGGACCCCGUCGGAUCCCUAUCGAAUGUAAAAUAUUUGACAUGUUUCGGAUGUUCCUACAAAGAUAAGGUUAAUCUAAUUCCUAGUCCAACUCCAAACCUCCCGCUGGACGACGGGGCAUGGAACCUGGGACCGUCUAGAUAAUCUGUCCAGUCCACUAACCCCUAGGCCGAGCAUUCCUGGUAACGUAAUAAAAAACGAAUAGCCUGUUAUUGAUAAAGAGAUUUAGUACACAUCUCUGAAUGAUAAGUAUUGAAUAUGUACAAUAUGUCAGACGUUGGAUUUUAGAUAAUUUUUUGGAAUUGUUUUGUAAUUGAAAAAAAAAUAUAGAAAAGAAAAGGUAUCGAGAAUGUACCUCGGCAACGUCUGCUCGAUGUCCCAGCACAGUUAUAUCAACAGAGCCAUUGGCAUUUCCAUUAAAAUGGAACUAGAAUGAAGAUGUUGAUCUACCUAAACUAAACUUCUGAUUUAGCACUUCUAAGAUCUAAAUCUACUAGAUCUAGAUCUAAAAUCCAAAUUUUGAAUAAUUCGGAUGUAAUUUAGAUAAGAUUUACGUUUAAAAAAGCCUAGAUAAUAUAUCAAGAAACUGUAAGCAAACGAAAUCUAAUUCUACACAUUUAGUCUAGAUUUAGUUCAAGAAAUUGAAAUUCUAGAUCUUGAUCUAGUCUAUAAAAUUCUAAACUAGAACUAGAGAUUCUAGAUAUAGAAUCUACAAUAAUUUUAACUCGAAUAUAAAUAUAUAUCUAGUGUAAACAAUCUAGAUCUAUUGGAAACACUCUAGUGUAAGAAAUCUAGGUUAGUUCAAAAUUUAGCUAGUAUGUCUUUUUUAAUACGAGAAACUUGACGAGGUUUAAUAGACAUUGAUGCAUUGAAUUCUUAUAGCAUUUCAUUUAAAGACAGGAGGACUUUUUGCACAAGACUAAUAGCGGCUUUUCCCUUUACGGGAGCGCUAAAAAAACAUUUUUAAAAAGCUUGAGUGAAAUAUUUUUAAAAUAAUUGAGUGAAAUUAUAUGUACAAUUUUAAGUCAUUCAUGUAAUUAAUUUUUAAUAGACUUGCUCUAAAAAUUCUUUCAGUGCGAAUUUUUUUUGAUGGAAACAAUUGAGUCUUGCUAAACAAAAAAAAAACCUGCAGAAAGUUAGAGUUACUAAAACUAACGAAACUUUUCUAUUUCAUUAUAUAAUUUAACAUAUUUGAUUUUAUAUUAAAAAAAUAGGUUUCAACAAGCAGCGCUAGAAAAUUUACUCCCUGAGAGUAACCCCGCACUGAAUGAGUUAUAUAAGUUUAUGCGCUUGGAAUUAUUUUUAUUAACUGUUUUAUUUUUGGAUCUUUCAUGCUCAGUAUAUUUAGUAUUCUAUGUUCCAAUCACUUUUGUGGACUAGUUAGGGAGGAGCCGUGGUAUCUGGACGAAGCUUUCCUGCUGCUUUUUUUAAUAGCAAGUUAAAAAGUUUCUGGAGUCUAAAAUUCAACUGGAGAUCUCGAGUCUCCAUGAUGGAAGACCGACGUGGUAGCAAUCGUGUUUCUCAUGUACAUAUAUGCAGGGCCGGUCUUAGGCUACUGCAACCUAUGCGGCCGCAGUGGGCCCCUCACUUUCAUAGGUCCCGCACUAAUUCUCGAUCUAGGUGUAAAUAAUUAGAUUAAACCAUUUUAACUUAUAUAUACAUGGUUUCCGUGGACAAAAUGUACGAUAAAGUCCUGAGAAUCUCCUGAAAUUAAUAAACAAAUUCUGAAAACUCAUAAAAAUCUCUUGAAAUAAAUAUAUACUUGUCAUUUCGGGGUGUUAUUCAAUAUGAAAAACUUCAAUACUACUCGCGAUAAAAAAAAAGGCAUUGCCAGCUUUCAUUUAAUAAAAAUGCAAUAACAGAGCGAAUUUUAACCAAAACAGGAAGUUCAAAUACAUAAUUUACUUUAAUAGUUCUGGCAUAUAAAUUAAAGAUCUGAAUGUUUAUUGGCUUUUUUUUGUUGGAAAACUACCAUCUAGUGUAGAUAGCUCAUCCGCGGGCACGCUGCCCUGCCUCAUCGUGGCGCCCGCGUGGAAACGGCCAUUUGAGGAAGUGGCUAGGCGAAAUGGGUAGCAACACAGGACUCCCGUGGGGAUGCCCACGGGUAGACGAGAGUCCACCCCUUGCACGGGCGGGGUUGUAACAAAGUCCCCACGAACACGUCACCAAUCCAUGCGCUGUUCCUCAAAGGGACCGUUACAUAAAUGGCGGAUCCCGCACAGUUAGCUUGGUACAUUGAAGGAAAAUGGCAGAAGUCCCCGGUGCAUUCUCGGCCUUCGGCCGUGUCUCUAGUCCACGUGUCGGGGGUCAAAUGCAUCGGUCAACAGCAAUGCUUCGCAUAGGCAUUGUCUAGGGGCUCUCCCAAACAGAACUGUGUGUUCACACAGGUUUAUUUUUUUUACUGUUCGGCUGGACGACCAAACAGGUUUUUUUCAAACUUAGAGCUCGAAGAGCCUUCGGCUCAGCUCUUAGACAUCAACAAGAUAGCUCAUCAAGUUAAUUGGACCGUGAUUUUGUACCUAUUAUUUAUAAAAUGCAAAGCCAAAGACGAAUUUAGUUUCUAAUAUAAAAUCUUAAUUUUCACUUAUUAUCCUUAUCCCUACCCAGACUUGGCCCCUCGCAAACCGUUUCGCAUAGGGCCCCGCAAUCUGUAGGACCGGCCCUGCAUAUAUGAUAGGAAGUUUUUUUUUUAUUCGAUUGCUUGUUAAAACAUUUUUGUGAACAAUUUAGUACACAUAGACAUAAAUUAUACAUUAUACAAGGCUUAUCUGCCAUUAUCUCAGUACUAUAAUAUUAUCUGAAACAAAAUUAAUUACAUUGGACUUAUUUUUUAAUUUACUUUCAUUAGUUCAUGUUUUAUCAUCGAAAAUGAAUAAUCGUGCAAAAUUUCAACUUGAUGUCAGAAAGGGAAGAGGGAAAUAAAACUGACAUAAAGACAAAGUUUAUUGAUAAAAACUUUAAAAAAAAAAACAGUCGAGAGUUUUGCUUCAGGUAUUCUCUGGAGUCUAUGGACUUCCAAGCAAUAAUCAACAGACUACAUAUGAAACCUAGACAAGUCAACUAACAAGGUACAAAGAAAGGUUAAAAGAAUGUAAUUAGAUUAUAAUUUCACUUUCUUACAUGUUUAUGCCUACAUUUAUUGAAAUGAAUGUAGACUUGUAGCAUUUGGUUUCUUUACUUUGAUAUAUAUAUAUAUAUAUAUACUUUUUUACAUACUUAUAACUUUAGCUUAUGGCUUGUAAUUACUCUUCUUAAUUUGUUUAAAUGCAACGUUAACAUAAUUCUAUUCAUUUCAUUUUAUAAUUCAUAUUUUUAAGUUACUUUUACUUUCUAGUUACGAACACAAAUAAAUAAUUAAUUAUAUAUUUACAUCCAUUUAAAAUGAAUAAAACGAAGAAAUUGUUA